AUGUCUUCGAACCCCCACCACGACCCCGCCUCUGACGAUGAGCCUGAUGUCGUUGACAUGGAGGAGGUCGCCGAGGAGAUAGCAGCAGAGAACGAGGAUGGGGACAUCGACAUGUCCGAGCCCGACGAUGACGAGGGAGAAGAGCUCCAGCUUGUGAACGACUCAGUCGCAUACUUCGACUCCCACAAAGACUCCGUCUUCACCAUCGCCCAACAUCCCACGAACCCCAAUAUCAUAGCCACUGGUGGCAGCGAGGGAGAUUCCGAUGAUGCUCCAGGCAAGGGAUAUGUGUUUGUAGUCCCCGAGAUUGCGCCGAACGAUGGGCCUGUGCUGCCACCAAGCUUCGCCGCCGACCCGCAGGCCGCGGCGAGGGAGAUGGCCAGCCAGAGGGAGAACGUCCAGAUCCAACCUGUCUUUGCGAUCGAUGGGCACACAGACUCGAUCAACUCCCUGGCUUUCUCAUUACCGAAUGGAGAAUUCCUGGUGUCAGGUGGCCUGGACGGACGGCUGAAGGCAUACAAGGUUGAUGCGUCAAAACCGAGCUUCACCUUCGUCGGCGAGAGUCAGGAAGUACCCGAGAUAAACUGGUUGGCACCAUGCCCGAGCACCGACUAUCCCAACUCUAUCGCCUUGGGAGCUUCGGACGGUUCUGUCUGGGUGUACACGAUUGAUCCCUCGGAUGCCUCGAACCCUCUCCAGAUUGUCCAGACCUUCUUCCUACACACCUCGAGCUGCACGGCCGGCGCAUGGACACCCGACGGAAGCCUUCUUGCCACAGUCGACGAGGAGAGCGCUCUCUAUGUGUGGGACGUUUGGGGACUCGCAGCUGCGAAGGGCCAUGUCGGUGACAACGGUCAGACCGUCGUGUCGCUCACACCCGCGGACCAGAGAUUCGCCGUGGAGGGAGGUCUCUUCUCCGUCGCGAUUGAGCCGAGAGGAGGAUACCUUGCUGUUGGUGGAGCGGGAGGAGCGAUCAGAAUCGUUGGUCUGCCAAGGCUCACGGAGCAGACGGCAGGGGCCACACCACAAGCAGGUUCAAAAGCAGGGAAAGCCAAGGGCACCAAGGCAGGAGCAACCCGAGGAGCUGGUAGUGAGGCACAGGCAGGUCAGAUCCUGGCGGCAUUACAGGUACAGUCCGACGGCAUCGAGUCGCUGGCGUUCGCUCCGGCUUCUGCAUCAGUACCGCUGCUGGCUGCAGGCUCAGUGGACGGCAGUAUAACGGUCUACGACCCAAGCCGGACAUUCUCUGUGCGCCGGAAUAUCCAGGGCGCGCACGACGAGUUCAGCGUCGUCAAGGUAGAAUGGGUAAAACAAGCACAGGCAACGGGGCCAGCGGCAGCACAACAGCAGUGGCUGCUGACAAGUUGUGGUAUGGAUGGUGUUGUGAGAAGGUGGAACCUGCAAGGCGCGAACCCAACACAACAUGCGCCUAAUGCAACAGUCGCGGGUCUGGAGAAGGAGUGGAAGGGUCAUCGAGGAGAUGGCGAGGGUGGCGGCGUGUUGGGUUUCGUGCAGGGUGUUGAUGGUAAGAGGGUCAUCACGGCAGGUGAUGAUGGUAUUGUGCUUGUGUUCCAGGCAUAG